UUUAGUUAUGUUUUAAUCUUAAAAUGAUGCAUAAAUUAAUAUUUUUAAGCUUGAAAUUUUCUAAAUAUAUUUCGUUAUAAUCUUAUCGACUUAUUAUCAUUAACUCAAAUUACGCGAACGAACUUCAAGUUACACCAUAUUGAAAAUAAUAUAUUACGUUUCCAUUUUGUAAACAAAUAACAAUCGAGGAAGUAAAUAUAGGUCAUAAACUUCGAAGGUCAUUACUCCGAAAGAUUCAUCCAUAAACUUGGCAACUUGCGUUACACGUUGGCUAUCGAGCAUCUGAGAUGGGUCUGAGAGAUGCAUUCGCUUUAAUAUUCGAAGUUAUUGACUUACUUUUUAAAUCCUUGUUAAUUACAAUUCGUGGUUUAAUAAGAUUUGUCAUUCCCACUGCGAGAAAAUCGGUAAAUGAUGAAAUCGUCUUAAUUACCGGAUCGGCACAUGGUUUAGGAAAAGAGUUAGCCUUACAAUUUUCAAAGUUGGGAGCGAUCGUUGUCCUAUGGGAUAUUAACCAGGAAUGGAAUAAUGCAGUUGCUAAAGAAAUUAAAUUGAAAAGUGGAAUAGCAUUCAGCUAUCAAUGUGAUGUUACAGAUGAAAAACAGGUCAAAAUUUUAGCUCAGCGUGUCAGACGAGAAGUUGGAGAUGUUACUAUACUUAUUAAUAAUGCCGGUAUAUUACAAGGACAUCCAUUGCUUAGUCUCAAUAAUCAACAGAUAAGAAGAACAGUGGAAGUAAACCUUCUCUCUCAAUUCUGGACAGUAAGAGAAUUCCUUCCUCAAAUGUUAGAGUUAGAACAUGGCCAUAUUGUGGCAGUCUCGUCCAUUGCUGGAUGUCGCGGAUGCAUCAACAUGACUGACUACAGUAUCAAAAAGAAAAAAAAGUAAAGAAAGAUAUUGCAAUUAAAAUAUGUAUUUUAAGAAUUUCCUAA